AUGAAUGUUGUUGAUAAUCUUCACAAGGCGUUAGUUUAUGAUUUUGGGUCAAGUUGUGUACGUUUUGGUUAUGCAGGAGAUGCAUAUCCAUUGUAUGUUGUCCCUUCAUCAUCAGUUCAGAUGUUUCAAGAUGGAGAAGAAAAAAUUCGUUUUGGAUCUGAAUGGUUUGAAAAGAAUCUUCCAGAUAUUCAAAUCAAUCAAAUGGUUGAUGAUAAUGGCAUGAUUACCGAGUCCGAUAUGCUUUUCACUUUCUUCGAUUGGGUUUUAUCUGUUCAUCAAAUUGAAGAGCCAACACAAAAUCCUGUUUUAAUCAGUCAACCUACAGUUAUUACUAAGCUCACUGGCAAUAAAAACGGUAUUACUAAAUGGAGAGAAACAUUAGCAUCUUGCAUUUUCGAAUUUGCAAAUCACCCUGCGCUUUGCUUGCAACACGAUGCAUCUUUAGCAUGUUAUGCUCAUGGUAUCCAUACAGGAGUCGUUGUUGACUACGGCUGGUCAUGUGCCAGAGCAAUUCCUGUUUUUGAAGGUCACCCAAUUACGCAAUCAGUGCAAAUUCAUCCUCUUGGUGGAUUAGAACUUACAAACCUUUUAUUCGAAAAAAUGAAGCAAAAUAACAAACAAAUAUAUACUUUCCUCGAUCCAAAGCCUACAGACGUAGGAUUAUUUGGAACAGCAAAAGUUGUUACGCCAACUCCAAGUCAGCAUGAUUAUUGCGUUCGCCAUGAAAUUACAAAUAUUAUUAAAAAUCAUUUACGCUAUACAGAUACACCUCCAAAACCAAACGAUGAGGAUAUCCUUGACUACAUCUAUUUUAUGCCAGGAAGACGGCCAUUAGAAAUCAAAGAUGAAAUCAACUUUUUGAAGCCUCUUCUUUGGCAACAGACAGAAGGAGUUCCACAAUCAAAUAUUCCACUCCAAAAUGUCGUUUACAAUGCAAUUGAUUCAUCUCCAAAAGAUUUGCAUUCGACAUUUUGGAAGAAUAUCAUCACAAGUGGUGGUCUUUCAAGAAUACCUGGCUUUAAUGCUAAGCUUGAACAAAAAGCCCGUCAGAUCGCUCCAAAGCGAACAGAACCUCAUGUUGUUCGUCCUUUAGCUGAUGUUGCUGCUGGAAGUCGCUGUGUUUGGACUGGCGGCUCAAUUGUUGCUUCUCUUCCAAACUUUGACCAGUUAUGCAUCACAAAGGCCGAGUGGGAGGAAUUCGGAAAUUCAAUUUUGUUACGUAAAUGCCUAUAA